AUGGUUGAAGAAACAGCAGAGUGGGAUACAUGCGCCGACCGACGGCAUGAACACCCCAGCGGAAAGAAUGCCGACAGCCGAGCCCGAACGCCGACGGAGAAGACCACCUGUAAGUCAACAUGCGAGUAUGUAGAUCAUUCGCCGCCCCCACGACAUCGUGCAAGACAACGCCAAACAGAAACUUCUCUGGAACACGGUCCCGAAGAGCCUCAGGGCUGGUCCCUUGUGACUCCAUCCUCCCAUAUUACUGGAGGAACUCAAAUACAGCAUGCAUCCGUGUCUACAGCACCUCACUCCACGGCCCCCAAUACUCCAACCAGCCAAUCAUCUGCACGGGAAGCCGAGCUCCUAAACAAAAUAAAACAGCUUGAAACUCAACUAGCCAAGGCGGGAGUGGAACCUGGGGCAUCGAUAGGACCAAGUCCGAUUUGGGAUUCUAGCGUAGACGCGCCACAGAUUGCCGGGACUUUCCAUGUGAACCGUGAAGCUCCGUCAGAGGGUAAAGCUCCCACUAUCGUACGCACGAUAAUGCACAAGACUCGCAUUUUUGGUCAAAGUCAUUGGAUUCACGGAGUCACUCAGGAAAUUCUACGCCAAUGUGAGCCUAUCAUGUCGAGGGAGAAUUCAAAAGCCAUUUUCAAUCUUAAGAAAUGCAAAUACCUUGGCAAGGUCAUCAAAGAGCAAAGGGCGCCGCCAUGGCCUACUGCCCCAAUGUCUGAAUUACCUCCAAAGGAGUUAGCAGAUGCGCUCGUUGAUAUCUAUCUCCGCACCUUCGAGUGUAGGUAUCGUGUGUUACAUGUCCCGAAGUUCAGACAGGCCUAUGAAGCGCUAUGGACGACAGAGGAGCGUGAUGCAGAAUUCGUCAUCCAGUUGAAGUUGGUCAUGGCGGUUGGAGCUGUGAUAUACGAUGAAAACUUCUCUCUGCGCACAAGCUCUAUUCGCUGGAUCUACGAGGCGCAGACAUGGGCAGCCGAGCCGAACUUUAAGGCUAGGCUCACUAUUGAGUUCAUCCAAACAAACAUACUACUCCUAUUAGCAAGGGAGAUUAUUGGGUUUGGAGUCUGGGGGUCCCCCCUGUUGAGCCUCGAUGACUUUGAUACCCACCCACCGGGUAACUUUGAUGACGAGGAUCUCCUAGCUGAAGACCCGACCCCAAAGCCAGAUGGAACUUUUACUCAGAUGACUAUUCCACUGGCUCUUCGAAAGAUGUUCGAAGCCCGUCUCGCUAUCGCAGCCUCACUGAAUGGAACUGGCCCGCACAGCUCAUACGAAAAAGUCCUGCGUCUGGACACGGAUCUACGUGCAUCCUACAAGAUCAUCUGUCGCACACUACAAGGCUACCAUUCAGACACAGGACAUGGUCCAUCUCCAUUCCAAACUCAAACACUCGAUUUCCUCAUGCGUCGUUAUCUGCUAGCACUUCAUAUCCCGUUCUUCCAAUCAUCAUUCGGAGAUACUACAUACGCAUUUUCGAGAAAGGUAGUCAUCGACACGGCUCUUCAAAUUUGGUGCACCACCAACCCAGCUUCAGGCAUGAUGAUUACCAGACGCGAUCUCAAUUCUCCAUCUGAAACGGAUGAUCUAUACCGCCUCACGAUAUGUGGAAGCGGAGUUUUCCGCUUGACUUCUAUUCAAUGCUGCUUUCUCAUAGCAGCAGAACUCACAAAUCAGCUACGGGAAGAGGACAAUCCCGGAUCUGUUCCUCUACGCCGCGACCUUCUCACCAUCAUCGAGGAUUCAAGGGAAUGGGGUUGGAAAUGCUUGGUAGCGGGCGAGACUAAUACAAAGGGGUACUUAAUGCUGUCACUCAUGAACACACAGAUCCAGGGGCUAAUGGCUCGGACCCCUGAUGACGAACUUCCGGUUUUGUUCAUGCAUGCCGCCGAAGAGGCGUUAGCGAAAUGCUUAGCGUUAUUUGAGGAAUGGGUUGGAGAGGGAGAUGAGGUCCAGAUGGAAUUAGACGGACUCAACGAAAUGGACUUUGAGAGUCUGUUUGGCUCAAAAGGGGGCUGGAAUUUCAUGGUAUCCGAGCCAUUCGACCCCAACGCAGAUUCCAUGUACUGGCCGGGCAACUGGAUUGCCUAG